UUCCUCCGCGGAGGGCAUAGGCGAUCCAGUGGCGUGACUACUGUCCCGUGCACGCUUCGAACGCGUGGUACUCGGUUUGGGGACUCGCUGGAAGCUCCGCGGCGGCGCGCCGGCCGGUGUCGCGAGCCGAUCCCUGCCCGGCCCGUCCAUGCCGGGUUGUAGGCUGCUGGCGCAGGCCGGCGCCCAGGUGUUGGGCUGUAGCACCAGAGGCCUAGGUGCUGCCCCGGGCUUAGGGAAUAGAACGAAUAUCUGGUUCUGUGUGAGAACUCGCCACAGCAACAGUAGCACUUGGUGGGAUGAGCAUCUUUCUGAAGAAAAUGCCUCAUUUGUUAAGCAACUGGUCUUUGAUGAAAAUAAAGCCCAGUUAUCAAGUAAACUAAAUCCCCUGAAAGAUGAACCGUGGCCUUUACAUCCUUGGGAACCAGGUUCUUCCAGAGUUGGCCUUGUCGCCCUGAAGCUGGGCAUGAUGCCUUUAUGGACCAAAGAUGGUCAAAGGCAUGCAGUCACAUUACUUCAGGUCCAAGACUGUCAUGUGUUAAAAUACACUCCCAAAGAAAGCUAUAAUGGAAAAACAGCAGCCCUCACUGUGGGCGGGAAAACCGUGUCACGCUUAUAUAAACCUGAUUCAAUAUUGGAAUUUUACCGAGAACUUGGAUUGCCACCAAAACAGACAAUUAAAAUCUUUCAUGUAACAGAUAAUGCUGUAAUUAAGCCAGGGACCCCUCUUUAUGCUGCACACUUUCGCCCUGGACAGUAUGUGGAUGUCACAGCCAAAACUAUUGGUAAAGGUUUUCAAGGUGUCAUGAAAAGAUGGGGAUUUAAAGGCCAACCUGCUUCUCACGGUCAAACGAAGACCCACAGGAGACCUGGAGCUAUUUCAACUGGAGAUGUUGCCAGAGUCUGGCCCGGAACUAAAAUGCCUGGGCAGAUGGGAAACCAGAGCAGGACAGCGUACGGACUGAAGGUAUGGAGAGUGAACACUAAGCACAACAUAAUCUACGUGAAUGGCUCUGUCCCUGGACAUAAAAACUGCUUAGUGAAGGUCAAAGACUCUACACUGCCUGCAUAUAAGGAUCACUGUAAAAGCCUGCCAUUCCCUACUUACUUUCCUGAUGGAGACGAAGAAGAACUUGCCGAAGACUUGUAUGAUGAGGACGUGCUGCAGCCCAGCGCACCUUCUAUUACAUUUGCCUGAUGUCACUGGCGUGCCAGAGCUUUCUGUGCUCUGUGCUCUCGAACCAGAACAGUAAUGGAACCAGGGAUCCUGUCCCUCUGCUUAGUGCAAUGCUGUGCUCUUGUUUUUAUCAACAGAAACAAAUGCAUCUCUUCUUCCUCACUUCAGUCUGAUUAGCAAAAUUACUACAUUAAAUAAUGUAAUCACGUGGAUUAGAUUUGUUAAAGUUGUCAGUUAACAAAGAACAAUGUUUUGCCAUUUGUAGACAUAACUCUCUAGACACAUUUAUGUUUAUCUUAAGGGUUUUUUAAAAUAUAUAAACAACUCUUAU